UAAGUGUAUUUACAUAAGACAUAUUUACAUAAAAGACACAUCGACAAGACCGAAGACAAUCGCAUCCCAAAAGGCAAAACUCAGUUCAACAAGCUAAUCCAAUUGGUGUGUAUCGCAGACGGUAAAUCAGUUUAGACAAAAAUGAAACUUCUGUUUGUUUUACUAUCGUUUGUCUUUGCAAUUGUUUUGGCUGAACUAACUGAUACCGACUAUAAGAAGCAAGUGUACAUUUCAAACAGCUUCCUCAGGGCGAUAGAACCAAUACACAGUACUUUGGACAAAUCAGUCAAAAGUUUAAUAUUGUCUGCUAAAUCGAUCACUACGUUGAAUUUACAGUUAGUUGCACCAGAAAUCGCUGAUAUUUAUGAACCGGAGUUACUGGAACAAUACAUAAAAAACGAGAAACAAAUACAGAAUACAAUAAGAAUGGACCAUGGUAAAAAUAGGCACUGUAUCAAUUAUAAAACCACCCUGCGUUUGAUUGGCCUCCAAGAUCCUAUUCCCUCGAACAUAAUUACAGAUUUCAAAGCAUUGGACUUGUCAGCUCUGGGGGCGACUAGAAGGAGUAUAACUGGCCAAUCUUUGAAACGUUUAAUCUCGAAUUUAGAAGAGGGUGAUGUAUCAAUGCAAUUAUUUCGCCCGCUCCAGGCCUGUUAUUUAAUAACGUUGAAUUUAACUCUACCAGACCCAAGAUAUCGAAUAAAAGACGCUGGUAUCGACAAACAAGGUGUUUGUAAAAUUACUGAACAUUUCGGCCGCCCGUUAACAUUCAUGAAGUUCGUAGACGGAUUUUGGCGAGUAGACCAAUCUACUGGCAAAAAAAUACUCAAACUAAUCUGAGAUAAUUGUAGAAAAAUAAUAUUGUUUUCAUAAAUCGCCGUUUUAUUUUGUCGAUGAAUUUACUUUUUUUUAUUUUAUUGACACGUUAAUACACAUUAAGUACAUCCACGUCGAAAUUGUUCAAUCAUAUAGUUUCGAUUUCAAUACAUCAAUUCGUUUUCACUGUACACUUUAUGUAUAAGAUUACAUCUGUUUCGUUACAUAAA